AUGAAGAUUAUAAAGUCGUCUGAAACUGUGAAUGUGCCUCAAGGCAUAAAAGUAAAAGCCAUUAAAAGAGUGGUUUACGUCAAAGGUCCUCGUGGAUCACUGAAACGUGACUUCGGUCAUUUGUCCCUAGACAUCAAAGUUUUCUCGAAAAAGAUUGUUGUAACUAAGUUUUUUGGCAACAGAAAAGAGCUAGCUGCUGUCCGGACAGUCUGCUCCCAUAUUGGAAAUAUGAUAAAAGGUGUUACAUCUGGAUAUCGUUAUAAAUUGAAGUCCGUUUAUGCCCACUUCCCCAUCAACAUGAUUCCAGCCAACGACGGUUCCAAGUUGGAGAUUCGCAACUUUUUAGGAGAAAAAGCGACCAAACUUGUACCUAUGGAAUCAGGUGUAAAAGUCUCAGCCACUGGAGUGAAAGAUGAGAUUCAAAUUGAGGGCAAUGAUAUUGAAAAGGUCGCAAAAUGUGCUGCCCUUGUUCAACAGUCCUGCAGGGUUCGACACAAGGAUAUCCGUAAAUUUCUUGAUGGUAUAUAUGUAUCCAGUAAAGAAUCCAUUGAAGCUAAUUGA